AUGUUAAGACUACCAACCCCACACAGAAAACGCGUAUCGGGUCUAGAAAGUGGUUCCUUUUCUGCAUCAUGCUUCUUUCGUUUUUUCAAGGGUCGAACGGGAAUCCACACACGGACGCUACGAUCUGCGCCAAAAUGUUACGAGUUAUUACGCAAACCGACAUCCCAAACAGUCUACGCUCAUUCACCCUCUAUCAUAGCGCAACCAUACACGUCUCGAUCACCAUCGUUCAUAACAAAGUAUGGUUAUAAGGCCUUUUUCGAAUCAGGUAGUCAUGAACGCUUAUUCAGAACAAGGACCUCGCAAACUAGGGGGACCCCCUUCAACAAUAUCAAGCACAGGUGCCCCUUGAGAUUCGUACUGAGACCCAAGCGGUAGACGUCUACGAUAAUCAAAGAUUUUUCCCAGAGCUGUUACGGUUUGGCCACCUUUGACCUUUUUCUGCGAUACACAAAGCUCGUGAAAGCAAAAUCGAGUUCAUGACCACCCUCCUUGUUUUGGUCUUCGAAAAAGUAUCGAGAAGUAACAAUACGCUCACAAUUCGUUUUGAAGUUCACGCUCAAAAAUAACAUCCAAAGAACGCUCCGAAAACUUCAUGACAUAGAAAAGUCAAUUGGUAAACAAAAAUGUACAGCUAACAAUACGCAUUCGGUUUACACCAACACUACUCCUUCAGAUUAUGGACUUGUACGAGGAAGUUCAACGCUUACGCCGGGUCAAAGAGGCCAUUCUGCCGCUGCCCGACCCAUACACGCUGUACAACAAGCUGAUACACAAAAGCAUGCAACUACGUGUAGCGACUCGCUUUAUGAGUGA